UCCACACAUAGCUCUUGAAAUCAAGGGGCUUUUCAACACAGGUGAACUAACAAGUCAGAAAAAGAUGUCCAAGUGUCAGAAAAGACGGUUUAGAAAAAAACCCGAUGGAUUGAAUACAGUAUCAAAGAAGGUCGUGCAGAUUUCCCUGAAAUCUCUCCAAAAGAGAAAUGGUUUAGGAGAGACUCGUCUUCACCGGGCAUGCAUAAGUGGAGACCUGCAACUGGUCAGAGACUUGAUAGAAGCUGGGAUAAAUGUUAAUAUAACAGAUAAUGCAGGAUGGACCGCCCUUCAUGAGGCCUGUUCUAGAGGUUUUGUAGAUGUGGUGGAGCAGCUCUUGGAAGCAGGUGCUGAUGUCACCAGCAGAGGGCUAAAUGGAUGUAACCCACUGCAUGAUGCUGUUCAAUCAGGCACAUAUGAGAUCGUGAUGCUUCUCCUUCAGUUUGGCUCAAGCCCUCAUGACAAGAAUAUGCUGGGACAGAGUGCAGUAGACCUCGCAGAACAUGAAAGCGUCAAAGAGCUGCUUUUGACAUUUAAAGGGCCUUUUCGUAAACCUGCCCGGACAACUGGCACUUCCAAACAAGGACCUCAGCUUUUGGCUGUAGAGCACAUGCAGCCAGGUGAAAGUGUCUGCAUAGAAGAAGCAGUCGAGCAACAGGAGAAGACAUCAGCUUAUCAGUGUUUACAGUCAGCAGGACCAAAGAUUGAUUUUAGUGGCAAUAGGAAGUUGACCUGCCUUAUAAGAGAUGGAAUCAUUCGACAUGGGGAUGAUAAUUUAGAAAUGACACUUAAGGGUUGUAGCCAUAAGGCCUCUCUUUUGGAAAAUGGAUCAAUCAGAGAUGCCAGUGGGAGAGUUUUCCUACUUCCAGAACAAUGGGUUGAAUCAGUCCCGGAGAGUCAAUCCAUAGUUCCUGUUACCUCAGAUUUUGCCUGGAAAAAGGUUAUGUAUCAAUCGAAGUCACUGUGGAAUUACAUUUCAAGUGAUUUGAAUAGUGAGAAAACACCCAAGAGAUCAGUAGAGCCGCAGUGUUGCAACGCCAGUACACCAGAACCUGCUGUAAAAGAACCAUCCAGAAAUGACGUUGGCCUAUUCAUGAACAUCAGGUCGAUUCAUUUGGUCAGCGAUGAGGAGUUUUUUCCAAGCCAUAUGACGAACAGAUACUGGGACUUACUCACACAGAGUGAGGAGUGGAGCUUUGAUACUUAGUUGCUUGUGUAGCAGAGAAGACCGUUCCAGUGUUAUAGAAUGUUUGUUUCAAACGUUUAUAAAGUGUAAAAGUGUUCUUUUUUCAUUGUUGAAUAUGUGUGUGAAACGUCUUUGUACACCGACCAGUUUCAAUGAUAAGUUGAUGAUCUUUAUAUUAAAAUAAAAAUACACAUU